CUCUCUCUCUCGCUCUCUCUCUCUUCCUCUCUCCCUCCCUCCCCCUCUCUAUUCUAUCCUAUCCGUGCUGUCUACCCGCCCCCUCUUUCACCGACUAACCGUCACUUAUGCAUCCCGCCUUGGAUCCCGGCCAGAACAACCUGCGGGAAUAUCACCGGGAUAAUCGAGACCCAUGCGGCCACGUUUUGACGUGAUCCAUCAUUCUCCGCAAAAACACCGCCGAACCAGCCUACCAGCCUACCAUAGCAGAAGCGUGAGCUUCAGCCGCCCGCCCGCCUCAACUGGUGAAGUCCGUCUCCACCCGCGGCUACAGUCAGAGUUACGCCGCAUUACCCCAUUCAGAUUCUGGAUUUGUCGUUCGUAUUCGUGCCUGUCUCGUGGGUUUAUCCGGGGAAUCAACUGGUAGUGGUACCGCUUAUGGCAGACAGACUGGCAGUUGCUUGUCUGAGAAUCCGAUCCGAACUAAUCUAGUCACAUCAGUUGUGUGUUAGUGUGAGUGUUUGUAUGUGUGUGUGUGUGUGUUUGUGGUUUCCCCUCGGCCAUGGAGAUCGACCGAGCCAUAACAUUACCGCCACCACCUCCGCCAUUACCACCACAGCCACCGGACGGGAACCAGGUUGGUUCCCCGGCACUUUCUACAUCUCCCGUCUCACCAGCCAGCGGUCGACCGAGGGCCAGGAUCACCAGGAACCAGAACGCCUGCGAUGCAUGUCGGGCCCGCAAAGUCAGGCAACGUGAGCAGCAGCUCCAACAGAGACGGCAAGCGGCGGCGGCAGCGGGACCGAUCACCGCGGACCAGAACCAGAGCCUGAACCAGGGACUGAACCAGAACUACAGCCCGCCUGCUUCGGCAUCAGACAUCACCUCGCCGGACCAGGGGCUCGCUUACCAGACCUCGCCCGCUUCCUCGUCCACUCAAACCCAGACACCUCGAUCACUUCCUCGUCCUCGUCUUCAUUCUCAGUCUCAUUCUCAGUCUCAGUCUCAGUCUCAGUCUCAGUCUCAGUCUCAGUCUCAAGUCGUAACCACCACCACCGCCACCACCACCGCCACCACCGCCACUGCCAUCCACUCGGCGGCUGACCUCCGCGCCAUCAUCGGCGCACCGAGCCCCGACACGGGGCAGCACCAUGGCAACCGGCUCGCCCUGUUCGCGCCCGACGACCUCGUGCGCCGCAUGCUGGACGACUGGUUCGAAAAGGUCCACGCCCUCGCGCCCGUCCUGCACCGGCGGCGGUUCAUGCACCGGCUGACGACGGGCGAGGCCAACUCGGACCGCACCUUUUGCGCGCUGGUCGUCAGCGUCUGCGCCGCGACGGUGGCGACGCUGCGCCGGACCGACUACGGCCCCGUCACCGUCGAGGGGUGCCUGGACUUCAUCGAGGAGCACCACCUGCUUGACCACGGGCUGAGGAAGCCGUGCUACUCGCUGGACUGGUGCAUCGCCAUGUACAACAUCGGCACGUCGGCCAGCUCGAUGAACGAGAACGGGCUCGGGGACAUGGGCUCGUUCCACGGCAUGUCCGAGGCGGCGGCCGGCGCGAGGUACCUGGCCUACUACCGCAUGGCGGACCUGGAUAUGUCGGAGCAGCAGCUGCUGAAGCGUCUGUUCUGGCUAAUCUUUGCGGCGUACUGUGCGGAUAUAUUCGGCAGGCUGUCCGUCAGCAUCGUCUCCCACCAGGAGAACCGGGCCCAUCUACGCCCGCUGCCGCUGACCGACUCCCAGCUGGAUACGGGGCCGCAGCUAGGGGCGGCGGAACUGCCCCCUUGGCACGGCGACACGACGUCGUACGUGCCCGGGCUCAACCAGCUCAGCGACCUCUUCCUGACGUGGCACGAGGCGCAGACGGCGCCCGUCAGCCUCUACGGCGGGCAGGAGGGGGCGCUCAAGCACUUCCUGGGGCGCAUCCAGGCCAUCAUCGACAACUUCCCGCCGGAGCUGCGGUGGCGGGGCGGGCUCUCGCGGCCGGCGCACGUGACGGAGGGCCACGACACGCAGAUCGCCAACCUCUUCGUGACGAGCCUCAACAUCCGGUCGAACCUGCUGCAGAAGUUCGGGUCGGGGGCCGAGACGCGGGCGGCGGAGCACCAGCGCAUCGUGGACGACCUGCUCGAGAUCCUGUACCACAUGCCGCAGCACGUGCUGGAGCAGAACGGCAACAGCCUGAUCCCGAAGCUGAGGGACUGCGGGGCGGCCUACAUGGAGCAGAUGAACAUGAGAGAGGACGGUGGUGGUGGUGGUGGUGGUGAUGGAAGUGGUGGCGGCGGCGAGGCGCUGGUGAGCGAGAGCGCGAGGCUCAAGCUGGAGAAGCUGCUGAGGAAGUUGGACGAUAUCGACUGUUGGCCGGGACUCCCCGGGAUCGAAAGUCCGCAGAGCAAUAGGCAGUGAGGAGAGGAGAGGGUGUGAAAAGAAAUGGAAAAAAUAAGGACAGGCUAAAUCCGGUUACAACUAACUGUGUUUUGUGUUUUGCAUGAACCGAUGCCAACCAUACCAUCAUACUAUCCACGAUAUCUCCGUCACAUAAGGUGACAACCCUA